AUGGCGGUGGAGUUCGGAGACCAGGCGAGCGGCUUCCGCCACAAGGAGGUGAUCCAGUUCAUCAACAACGAGGUGCUGCAGAACGGCGGCGGGCCGGAUUUCUACCGCGCCUACCGCUCGCGGCCCUGGCCGGAGGUGGAGGACCAGCUCCAGCUCAUCCUGGCCGACCCGCACGUCCCCAGCACGCUCAAGCGCGCCAACACCUGGAGCGCGCUGGCGCUCGGCGUGCGUUUCGGCGCCCGGCAGCACGACGAGCACCAGCUCCGGGUGCAGGGGCUCCUGGAGCAGAUGGAUGAGCGCGUGGCCGCCUCCACGGCCCUGUCGGGCGAGCUGCGGAGGCUGCGCGAGGAGCGGCGGCUGUCGGCCGCCGAGAUGCAGGCCACGCAGAGCGCCCUGCAGCAGGUCCUGGAGGAGCAGCAGAAGAUGCUCCAGCGCCUGUGUCUCCUGGAAAGCAUCACCCUGGCCCUGGCCAGGCCGCCGUCCCUGCUCAUGCCCCCGCUGGGCUCGGGCCAGCACACGCUGUCGCCGUGGCCGCCGAGCUCCGACGAGCACAGCAGCCUGGCAACGGCUGUGCCCCGCCUGCCGCUCUGCGAGGGGCACAUGCUCUGCAUGCACGGGGCCCAGUGCCCUUUCCUCCAUGGCCUGCCCUCCUCCGUGGGCCCGCCCGGACUGCAGCCGCUCCCCUUCCAGGCUCCGUUGCGGCGCAGAUUGCCCUACUCGACGUUUUUACGCGCCGUGGCCCCGGAGUCGGAAACAGCAGAAGCAGCAGUGGCGGCGACCGAAGGAGCAUCAUCGGUCGCCCCCCAGAUGCCUCGUCAGCCGUCGUACCCACCUGGGCUGUGGGUCGGAGCGGGAGCCCGGGAGGAGGCGGGCCUGCCCUGUGCCCAGAGAAGCCACGAGGAGCCGUAUCCUGAGAAGCUCCAGUGGGAAUGUUCGCUGGUGGAGAGCAAGAGCUGCAACCAAGAGAAAGGCUCCGUGUAUCCCAGCGGGGACGGCCGGAGCCAAAGCCAGAAAGAUCUGGAGAGUUCCCUGAUGGCGGUGGUCCUGGGAGACAACAAGAGCCCCAGCCACAAGGAAUGUCCAGCGAUGUCUCAGGAGAUGAGUCCCUUGGGAAACAGCAGCCACGACCAAGGAGAAGGGUCAGAGAAGCCAAAGGAGGUGUCCUCGCAGGAGUACGACAGUGGUCCCAGCGGGAGGAAAUUCUCAGAGAUGCAGCUCUCUCAGGGGCAGGAGGCCCUUGAAAUCCAAGAGCAAACAGCCCCAGAGCCUCAGCACCUGGAGAGGUAUGUUAGCUACCAUCCACGGGACUGGAAAUGCCAGUCCUGUAAAGCUUUAAAUUUCUCAUGGCGGAAGGCCUGUUAUAAAUGCAAGAAAAGCUGCAUGACCCUUGAGAGAAAAUGCCUGGGUUCACGCAAAACUCAGCGACUUCAAGAAGGUAAGAAUUGA